AUGGUUUCUACUCUUUCCACUGUGCUUUUUAGUAGAUUUAUAAUUUGUUCUUUAAGAGCAUUCUGCGGUUCUUCUGAUAGAUCUUUUAGAAGACAGAAUAACUGUUUGCUCUUUUUUUCUGAAAAUAGCAGCCACUCCUUGUCAUCCUGCAUAGAAAGUUUUUUGCUUGAAUUGAAAAGAAUGGAGGAAGAGAAAUACUCCAGACAAAUAAAACUAUUUGGGCAUGAAGCUCAGAAAAGAAUCAAAGAGUCACAUAUCCACAUAAAAGGAAAUGCAAAGGAAACAAUGGUAGAUUGCAUGGUAAGGCUUUUGUUGCAAAUAGGAGCAAAUGUUUGCCGGGACAGUAUGUGCACUGCAGAACCAACAUGGGUGUUUAUGUGCGAUUUAGAUAAAGAGUACAUAGAAAAUGAAAAUACUUACUGUAAUAAUAAGAAUAUUCUUUAUAUAUCAACUAAGACACUUUCUAUGUCAAGAGCAUAUACAGAACCUAAAAAAUCCGAAGUUUCCUGUAUAGAACACAUUGAGAUAUAUUUAAACAUAUUAGGUGGCAUGGCUGUGCAAGAAUAUGUUAAAUCGGUUGCUGGUGUUAAGUCUGUUGAACAAUGGUCGUUAGACCCUUCUACUUUUGAAAACUAGCCAUAUUCAGAAAGAUAUAGUUUAAAUGCGAUCUUUCAUAUAAUAAAUUAGCUAUAGAUAAUCUGAAAAUAUAAACAGGAUAUGUUUAUUCCUUUAAUCUGCUUGACAUACCCACAAGGAGUCACGCCACCGCCGCCCUGCUACAUAGCCAAGAGAGAAGAGAUUGAAAGGGGAGAGCUCUUUAUUCUCUUUAGGAAGCAGCCCAAUCCUGCGCGGACAUGGAGUCCCGGGCGCAGUUGUGUUAGGCUUGGCGCUGAAGUUAAGCCAUCGAGGCUUCCCUGAGUCUCUCUCUACAUUGUGGGAAGAACUCCAGUUAAAUAGUCGGAAGUUGAUAUACUGAUUCAGAGAUCUCGGCCUUUGCUUUGGCGGGAUCACCACACGAGCUGGCACGCAGAAGGAUUGUCCUCGGGGAGUCACGUCUGAGUGGCGGCGUCAC